AUGAAGGGGUAGUGGUUACCAGGAGAAGUUUUCGUGAAAUGACAAACGUAGGAACGGAAUUCAAUUACUCCAACCAAACUAGUUUUGAAGCAGUAAGCAUGAGCUUCAAAAGUUCUGAGCCUGGGUUCCCAGUGAGGUCUGGAUAUAGACAAGUAAAUAGUUUUGAUGCAGAUCUUCUCUAUGAUAUGGAGAUGUCUAACUCCACCCUAAGAACUGCUGUGAAACCUGAUAACUCGGAUACAUGCAUGUUUACAGACGAGGUUCUAGAAGUGUCCCGUGAGCCUGAUUAUCUAGAGAUGAAAGAACUAGAAUCUAAAAAUACAAUUCUAGAAACCAGAGAUCAAGGAACUAUGACAGGUCGUGUCAGCAAAAAAUCCAAGAAAUCUAAAACUAAAACUGAUCAGGGUUCAAGGAAACAUAGUAGAGAAAGAACGUCUAAAUAUCUUUCUCCGGGAACAAGUUUAGUAGAGAGACAAGGCGAAGAGAACUUGAUCACCCUGGAGGUUGAAACAGAGUUCAUCGUGGAGUCCCUGGAGCUACAAGAACAAGAACAACUAAGAAUUGAAGAAGCAGAAAAAGAAAAAAGAAUCGGUGAUUUUUUCAGAUCUUUCCGAAAGAAAAAUCAGUUUCCGGAGAAGAAUGUGAUCCUUGAUGUUGGAGGAGACAGGUUCGUGGUUAAAAAGAAGCACCUGGAGCAGUAUCCAUCUACUAGACUUGGCAAGAUUAUGAGAGCAGAGAACCUCAGAGAUAUUCUCAUGUACUGUGAAGAGUUUAUUCCAGGAGAACCACCAGAAUAUUUCUUUGAUAGAAAUCCGAACAAUUUCCCCGCAAUACUGGAUAUGUACAGGUCGGGAACAUUUCAUACAGUUGAGGUAGGUUGUGCCCUAGUUCUCCAGAGGGACCUGGAGUACUGGAGUAUAGAUGAGCUAAUGAUGGAACCCUGCUGUGCGCUCAAGUACUAUCCUCAGAUAGACGUCUGUCAGAGUGAGAAGGACGGAGAUAUUGCAACAAAGAAGAAAGAAAUGGAGUUGGCUGAGGAGGAGGAUUUUGGUAAUACUUGGUGGGGAAAUACAAGAUCAUGGCUGUGGAACACAUUGGAGUAUCCUUGGACCAGUAAACUAGCCCAGAUCGUUGCUUUCUUCUCCUUGUCCAUGGUUCUAGUGUCAACCGUCACCUUCGUGGUGUCCACUAUAGAGGAGCUCCAGGAGAAUGAUCAAGGACAGGUUGAGUAUCCUCUAGUUCAAGCCAUCAUUGGUUAUACAGAUAAUUUUGUUGUGAUAUUCUUCACCUUGGAAUAUUUUCUCCGGCUUGUGGUUUCUCCGAGGAAAUGUAAAUUUAUCAAAGGAGCGAUGAAUCUGAUUGAUCUAUUGGCCAUUGUGCCUUUCUACCUUUCCCUGCUUCUUGAGGGUUUAGAGGAUUUUGAAAUUAUUGGCAAAGCUGGGAAAAUUGUUCGGCUCAUUCGUGUCAUGAGAAUAUUGCGGAUUUUCAAGCUUGUCCGACAUUUUGCUGGUCUACAGUCUCUACUCUAUACCCUACAACAAGCAUACAAGGAACUAGGACUCCUCCUGGUCCUAGUAGCUGUAGCAAUCCUAACCUACUCCAGUCUUGUGUACUUUGCGGAGAAGGAAACUCCAGAGGAUAGAAACUGUUCCCAGACAGGUAUUGAGGUUAUGGGUCGGAGCUGGAGAGAAAUAGCUCAGGAUCCCUGCUACUCCUGGACCUUCGUAGAAUCCUUCUGGUGGGGGCUCAUGACCCUAACCACUGUAGGAUAUGAUCUUAAUCCUAAAACUAUUCUUGGAAAACUGGUCGGAGGUUUCUGUGCUCUCUCAGGGAUCUUUAUUCUCACCCUUCCUAUUCCUAUUGUGGUAAACAGCUUCGCCAGCUACUAUAAGAACAGGUUGUGGAGGAACGAGGUUGAUCACAAGAAGAGAGAACGAACCCGACAACAAGCUGCAGAGCUUAAACAAGUUCAGAAACUACUACUGCUCAAGGCAAUGGCUGCUCCUGGUAUAAAUAUUGAAGCUUUGAGAUGUAUCCCUCCAACCACAUAUCCGUCUCCAUAUCCAUCUCCUGGACCAUCUCCAUACAAUCAGUCCAAGCUGAGCAACAACAAGGGAUAGUAGUUCUCCUUCUCCUCUUCUCUCUCUCCGUCCCAAACCUAUUAGUGUGAAUUCACAAUGCUUCUCAACCUUUUCUCUAGAUUGCAGUUCCUGCUUUUAUAAGUGAAAUUAAAGUGUUAAACUUUAACUUAAAGUGUUAAAAAUUAUUUUUUUUUUAAUUUUUGGCUUUUCUAGCUGAAGAGAGAUUGCUAACAUAAUUCCAAGUUAAACUUUAAUUAAAGAAUUCAAUCAAAAUAAAAUUUGAUAUAUCAAUAAUUUUCUAUCUUAAAGGAAUUAAACUUUCUAAUCGCUAUUAUUUUGCAAUCUAAUGGUGUUCACAUGUAAAGCUGUUCAAAGGUUUACAACAUUGAGUCGCAUAGCUCAAAUAUAUGGAUUAGAAAAGUAGAGUUAGUGGUAAAACUCAAUUCUUUUAAUAACUUGAUGAUGAAGUGCAGACACGCGAAUUUCUACAGCUUCCUGUUUCAGAUAGCAAAACAUUUGCGCCAUCGUUCAUCAUGAAAAAGUUGAAAGGGGUUGUUCCUCUUUUUUAUUAAAGGGGCUGUUCCCCGUUUUAAUCAAAGAGGUUAUUCAUUUUUAGUUGAAGGGAUUAUCCCUUUUUUUAAAUUAAAGAUUUACUCAGAAUCACGUUGACAAUCUUCUCUUUUACAAAAAUAUUGCAUUUGCAUUAAGCUCCAGUUUCAGUUUGAAAUUUCAGUAAUUUGACUAGAUUUGUUCUAAAUGUUGCAUUAAAUAUCUUUAAUCAAGAUUAUUUCUCUAAUGUGUACACUGUAUA